UAGAAGUGUUGAAGAAAACGAUACUCUCGUCGUGCCCCCGCGAUGCGUGCGUGGAGUGAGGAGAAGACAAUGAUUUUUUUUCGUUUUUAAUACUAUAGUAGAUAAUAAUGGGAGAAACCAAGAAACGUACUCGCUCGCUAGCUACGCCUACGCGCGCGCCGCGGCGUGGGCGCGCGUGUGCGGUUGCCGCGUGCGUUGCUCGCUCGACGCAUGGCUCGAUCGCUUCGUCGCUCGAUCGAUCCGUCAAUGGCGGUGGUGGCGGCGGCGGCGGCCACCGGUUCCACCACCAGAUCAGGCGGCGGCGGCGGCGAGGGGACGAGGUCCGGGAGGAAGAAGCCGCCGCCGCCGCCGCUGCAGGAGAGGGUGCCCCUCGGGCGGCGCGCGGCGUGGGCGUGGCGGCUGGCCGGCCUCGCCGUCCUCCUCCUCCUCCUCGCCCUCCUCGCCCUCCGGCUGCUUCGCCACCACGGCGGCGCCGGGGGCGACGGCGGCGUGUGGCGCGUGGCGCUCGUGUGCGAGGCGUGGUUCGCGGCGCUGUGCGCGCUCAACGUGAGCGCCAAGUGGAGCCCCGUCCGGUUCGUCACGCGGCCGGAGAACCUCGUGGCGGAGGGCAGGACGCCGUCGACGACGGCGGCGGAGUACGGCGAGCUGCCGGCGGUGGACAUGCUGGUGACGACGGCGGACCCGGCGCUGGAGCCGCCGCUGGUGACGGUGAACACGGUGCUCUCGCUGCUCGCCCUCGACUACCCGCGCGCCGGCGAGCGGCUGGCCUGCUACGUCUCCGACGACGGGUGCUCGCCGCUGACGUGCCACGCGCUGCGGGAGGCCGCCGGGUUCGCCGCCGCGUGGGUGCCCUUCUGCCGCCGGUACGGCGUCGCCGUCAGGGCCCCGUUCCGGUACUUCUCCUCCUCCUCCUCGCCGGAGUCCGGCGGCCCGGCCGAUCGCAAGUUCUUGGACGACUGGACAUUCAUGAAGGAUGAGUAUGACAAGUUAGUGCGGCGCAUCAAGAACACCGACGAGCGCUCCCUCCUCCGGCACGGCGGCGGCGAGUUCUUCGCCGAGUUCUUGAACGUCGAGAGGAGGAAUCACCCCACCAUCGUCAAGACGAGGGUGUCAGCUGUGAUGACCAACGCACCGAUCAUGCUGAACAUGGACUGCGACAUGUUUGUGAACAAUCCCCAGGCCGUCCUCCAUGCGAUGUGCCUGCUGCUGGGGUUCGACGACGAGGCCAGCAGCGGGUUCGUCCAGGCGCCGCAGAGAUUCUACGACGCCCUCAAGGACGAUCCAUUUGGGAACCAGAUGGAGUGUUUUUUCAAGAGAUUUAUCAGUGGGGUUCAAGGAGUUCAGGGUGCCUUUUAUGCUGGAACCGGCUGCUUUCACCGUAGGAAAGCAGUUUAUGGCGUGCCACCGAACUUCAAUGGAGCCGAGAGAGAAGAUACCAUAGGUUCAUCGUCUUAUAAGGAGCUUCAUACCAGGUUUGGAAACUCAGAGGAAUUGAACGAAUCAGCAAGAAACAUCAUUUGGGAUCUGUCCUCUAAGCCAAUGGUUGAUAUAUCAAGUCGCAUUGAAGUGGCAAAAGCAGUUUCAGCUUGCAACUAUGAUAUUGGCACAUGUUGGGGACAGGAGGUUGGUUGGGUCUAUGGAUCACUAACAGAAGACAUAUUGACCGGACAGCGGAUACACGCGAUGGGUUGGAGAUCCGUAUUGAUGGUAACCGAACCACCCGCAUUCAUGGGCUCCGCGCCGAUUGGAGGACCAGCCUGCCUAACUCAGUUCAAGAGAUGGGCAACUGGCCAAUCUGAGAUAAUCAUCAGCCGGAACAACCCAAUUCUCGCAACCAUGUUCAAGCGCCUCAAAUUCCGGCAAUGUCUUGCCUACCUGAUCGUCCUUGGGUGGCCUCUGAGAGCGCCUUUUGAGCUAUGCUAUGGAUUGUUGGGACCUUAUUGCAUACUCACAAACCAAUCCUUCUUGCCAAAGGCAUCAGAAGAUGGUUUCAGCGUCCCGUUAGCCCUAUUCAUAUCCUAUAACACAUACAACUUCAUGGAGUACAUGGCGUGCGGGCUCUCCGCCCGUGCAUGGUGGAACAAUCAUAGGAUGCAACGGAUCAUCUCGGUCUCUGCCUGGACACUAGCAUUUCUUACCGUGCUCCUCAAGUCCUUAGGCCUCUCCGAAACUGUUUUUGAGGUCACCGGCAAGGACAAAAGCAUGUCUGAUGACGAUGACAACACCGAUGGUGCUGACCCUGGGAGGUUCACCUUCGACUCAUUGCCGGUGUUCAUCCCCGUGACGGCACUUGCGAUGUUAAACAUCGUUGCGGUCACUGUCGGAGCAUGUAGGGUAGCUUUCGGGACAGCGGAAGGUGUGCCCUGUGCCCCGGGUAUCGGCGAAUUCAUGUGUUGUGGGUGGCUGGUGCUGUGCUUCUUCCCGUUUGUAAGAGGGAUAGUGUGGGGCAAGGGAAGCUAUGGGAUCCCUUGGAGUGUCAAGCUGAAGGCUAGCUUACUUGUGGCUAUGUUUGUUACCUUCUGCAAAAGAAACUAAUUUCAACAUCUAACCAUAGACAAGUAAAUUUUACCCCCAGCUCAAUGGUAUGAUAGGAGCAUGUAUCAUAUGUAUCAAGAAACACCUCAUCAUUUUCCAUCGCUCCCAUCCGCGUCGCUCCCGUCCCAGGGGCGGCACGGACGGCGCCUCAUCCUCCUCCGCCGCCUCCUCCCUUCUCCUCCCCUUUGCCUCGCCACCGCCCGAGCGGCGCGUCGGCAAAGCCGACCGGCCACAAGGACGGCGGUGGCGGGGCCCUCUCCCCUCCUCGAGGAAGCCAGCGGCGGGGACACCGGGGCUGCUCGGGAGCGGCGGUCCGCGGCGCGGGAGGCGGCGCCGGGGGGUUGGCGUGGCGGAUCCGGCCACGCCGGAGGCGGAUCCGUCUCCCCCGGCAGCGGAUCUGGCCCCUCCGUGUCCAGGGCCGAGCAACAGCGAGCGGCGGUCAGCGGCGCGGGAGGCGGCGCCGAGGGGUCGUCGCGGCGAAUCCGGCCACGCCGGAGGUGGAUCCGCCUCCCCUGGCGGCGGAUCCGGCCUCCCCGCAUCCAGGGGCCAAGCGACGGCGAGCCUCGCGGCGACGGCGGCCGGAAGGAGGCGAUGGAUGCGCGCUGCUGUGGACGGAUGUGGCGAAGGCGAAGGCCUAGGGGUGAGGCCGGUUCCGGUCCUCCCGGGGCGACGGCAGGCGGCGGAGGUCCACAGCCCCGGUGGCGGCGAUGGCGACGGCGGUCCACGGCCGCGAUGGCGGCAGCGGAGGACUGCAGAGGCGGUGGUGACGGAGGGCGACGAGGCAGUAGCCGCGUUGGCGGUGGCGGCGGCUGGUGUUGGCGGUUGGUGACAGCAGCGGCGACAGCGGCCGGCUUGCAGCGGCUGUGAAUGUGGAGGCACGGUGGCGAACGUGGCUGCGGUGGAAGGAGGCAUGGUGGUGAUCACCGUGGCUGAGGUGGGAGGAUGUAUGGCGGCCUUGGACGGCUAGCCGAGGGUGUAGGAGACGAUUGCAUCUAGCCGGCGCGGCAGCGUUUGGAGGAGGGGUUGGAGACCGGCUUGGCGCAGAGAGGCGCAACCGAUGGCAGCGGAGGCCGGCUCGGCGCGAGAGGCGCGGGCGGAGGAGAUGGAGGCCGGCUUGGCGCGAGAGGCGCGGCCGAUGGAGGGAGGCCGGAUUGGCGCGAGAGGCGCAUCCGGUGGAGGAGGCCGGCUUGACGCGAGAGGCGCGGCCGGCAGUGGAGGCGACCUCGGUUCGAGGAGCUGCUGAUGGAUGUGACGCGGUCUUCGGCGCUCGAAGGCUAGCCAGUAGGGGGCGCCGGUGCAGGGGUCCCACAUGUCGGCAGAGGUUGAGGGGUGGUGGGAGCAUUGGUGCGUCAGCCGUGGAUUCGCCGGUGGUGAGCAGCGGGUGAAAACCCAGCCUGGCCAUGGCCGGACCGACAACGAUGGAAUUCCCCCUCUUGAGGGUGUUGUCGUGCUGUCUCAUCCCUCAAGGGUGGUUGCCGGGCGAAAGCCCAGUCCUGGCUCCUUUGAGCCCCGACGGAUGGCGGCGGUGGUUUACCAUCGCUUCUCUUCUUGAAUACGUCGUUUUGGUAUCCCCUAGCCGAAGCCUCUCGAUCGAUUGGUGCAAGCACACUCUAGGAGUUGGCUUUGUAUUGGUUGUGAGGGUGUUCUUUUGGGCGAUCUCAUCUAUGUUUCUUUGUUGGUCUAGCGGCAGUCGGUCAAGCUUAGCGGCGGCCGGUCCGGUGUUAGCCUUCUCCCGGUCUUGUGUGUUGGAGCUGUCGGUGUGUGGGUGGUGGUAUAUUUUUCCUUUUUCCUGGUUACGACCCUUUAGGGUUGUGAUCUUGUAAUUUUUUCCUGCUCUAUCAAUAGAACUUCGUACCGUCUCGUGCGAGUCGUUCAAAAAAAAAUGUAUCAAGAAACAACACUAUAUUAUUCAA